AGCAAAUCCAAAGGCCAGGACCUGUUCGACCAGAUCAUGUACCACAUAGAUCUGGUGGAGACCGACUACUUCGGGCUGCAGUUCAUGGACUCGGAUCAGGUCUCGCACUGGCUGGACAUGUCCAAGCCGAUAAAGAAGCAGAUCCGAGAUGGUUCGCCAUACCGACUCUUCUUCAGAGUGAAAUUUUACUCUUCGGAGCCAAAUAACCUGCGUGAGGAAUUUACAAGGUAUCUGUUUGUGCUGCAGCUUCGACAGGACAUUCUGUCUGGCAAGUUGAAGUGUCCGUACGACGUGUCAGUGGAGCUGGCGGCGUAUUGUUUACAAAGUGAGCUGGGAGACUGCGACCCGCUGGAGCACUCACCUGAGCUGGUGUCAGAGUUCCGCUUCACUCCCAAACAGAGCGAGACCAUGGAGGCGGACAUCUUCAGCAGGUGGCUGGACCUCAGGGGAAAGAGCCCGUCGCAGGCCGAGAUUUCUUUUCUCAACAAAUGCAAGUGGCUGGAGCUUUACGGCGUAGAUAUGCACUUUGUCAAGGGCCGAGAUGGAGGAGAGUAUGCACUGGGUCUCACUCCGACGGGCAUCUUGGUGUUCGAGGGCUCCAACAAAAUCGGGCUUUUCUUUUGGCCAAAAAUCACCCGACUGGACUUCAAAAAGAGUCGACUCACAUUGGUGGUGGUGGAGGACGAUGAUCAGGGCCGGGAGCAGGAGCACACCUUCGUGUUCCAGCUGGCCAGCGCCAAGAGCUGCAAACACCUGUGGAAGUGCGCGGUGGAGAGCCACGCCUUCUUCCGGCUACGACAGCCAACCACGGGCAAGGCGAGCCGCAGCGACUUCACGCGACUCGGUUCUCGAUUCAGAUUCAGUGGGAAGACGGAGUAUCAGGCCACUCACGGAGGCCGACUGAGGAGAGCCAGCACCUUCGAGAGGAGGCCGAGCAAGAGAUACCCCUCCCGAACUCAGUCGCUGGGCAAAGUCGCCAUUUCUCCAGCCAAGCCGCCGCAUAUCAGCUCUCACGCCAGCCCUGAGCCCAGCCUGCAUCCGUACCAACACAACAUUCCCAUCGGUCACGAGCCGUGGCUUCCCCCCCACCCGGCGCUGACGCCCCCGGUGUACCUGCAGCCGUCAGGACACACACCCCCACACAGUUUCCCGCUGAGCGGUCCUGCUUCAGACCACCAGUUCAGUGUCGAAGAGAACGAGAAUUCGUAUUCUGGCAAGAUGCACCACCGCCACCGCCGCCACACACACAGCCAGGACACGCUCUGCCACACACACACCAAGAACAAACGUCGAGCUCCUCACUGCCCCGCCGAUGAGAUGGAGAUCUCUCAGUCUCUGCUCAAAGCUCUGGAGUCAGACAGCGAUUCUCCUCCUUGGCCUUCGCUGCACGUCAACAUCGACAACAAGGGAGAGGAGAAGCAGCUGUCGGAAAAGUCUCUGCACCCUCCUGCUUCUCCAGCAAUGCUCCCCGAUCACCUCAAAUGUAACAUCCUCAAGGCCCAGAUGGAGGCAGCGUUCAGGAAGGAAGCUCCAACAACGCCCAGAGGGAAGAACUCAAACGAGACCCUCAAUGACAGGUAUCAGAGUUCGUCCCAAGAUUCAGCUGCAUCCAGUCUGACUGCUGAUAAGACGCCCCAUCGGCAGGACCGCAACCCAACGCCGGAGAGGCUGCAGCCCAAAGCCAACGUGAGCACCAACCGCAGGAAACGACUGGUCCGACAGUUCAGCUUCAACCAUGAGGAUGAAGAUAAUCUCCCUGAAGCACUUGCAGCCAUCUCCUCGCAGAGCACAGCCAAGUCAGGGUCCACCAGCUCGUUGGACAAACAGAUUCAGCCAUCUAUAUACCCACAGGUGGAUAAUAUGCCAGCACUGGAGCUGGGUAGUCCUUGCUGUCCCUCUCCUUCGCCUUCCCCUCACCUCUCCCCUUCUUACUACCGUAGCUCCAUCCCUCACCUGGCCCCUUACCUUGCUGCCCAUAACGACAGCGGAGAAGAGAUAAGGUUGGACAGAGAGAAGAUCCUGAGAGCCCUUCUGAUGACGGAGCUCUGA